AAGGUAUGUCGCCAGCUUGAAGUGGCUUGUAUGCAUGCACUUGGAAGCAGAGCGUUCCCCGGGAACCCCGCGCUUAGCCCCUGCCCAUCUUGUUAUCUUGUUUGCCUUGUAGAUGAUGAACACUGAUCGUACCACCAGCCCAGUCAAGAAGAUAUAAUCGAUAUGGAAGUCUUCAACCAGAUAGUCGAGUUGGAUGAUGAGGAUGAUUUUGCAUCAGGGAUGGUGGCCGACUAUUUUGCUCAGGUCGAUUCCACAUUUAAUAAGAUGGAUCAAGCCAUGGAGAACAAAGACUUGAAGCAAAUAUCGGAACUAGGUCACUUUCUGAAGGGUUCAUCAGCCGCGCUGGGCGUGAAGCAGGUUUCAUUGACUUGCGAGAAGAUACAGAACACGGCUAAGGGUACACCUACAGACAAGGCCAUUGAAGAAGUGACUUCGCUACUGAAACGCGUCAAAGAGGAAUACGGUGCAGCAAAGAUUUGGUUACUGGCGUAUUGUCCGACGUGAUGAUAACAUUACACUCUCUACUGAGCUUGCUCGUCACCAUACCCCAAGAGUUCAAGUUGUAUGAUUUUCACUGUACUCUACCUAUCUAAGUAGUAACUGCCACACCUACGCUUGGCUACAUCCAUCCUUUGUUUUUACUAUCCGCAAUGUUCCACUAUAUGCACUAGUUCCAGACACAGUGUACUACAUCUUCACAUCAUCUUAUAAAUCACCCA